CGCUGCGUCGGUACGGUGCGUCAUCUCGGAGAUGUGCGGCGUGAGUUGGCUGCCCUCAUCAGCAAUCUCUGCUUUGCGGCGGGGCCGAGUGACAUCACGUUUUCUCAUACAGUCCAAGGAUGUAGCACUGUAUCGGAGUGUGCAUUCAAAUGCAAGUGAACACCUUAAAAGCAUUUUACGUGAGGAAAUAAAUAACAUAAAAGCAGCUGGUACAUGGAAGGAGGAAAGGAUUAUCACAUCGAGCCAAAGCACUUUGAUCAGUGUUGCUGGUCAAAACACUAAGAUACUGAAUUUCUGUGCCAAUAAUUAUCUUGGUUUAUCAAAUCAUCCAGAAGUAGUCCAUGCAGCAAAAACAGCUCUUGAAAAAUAUGGUGCUGGAUUGAGUUCAGUUCGUUUCAUUUGUGGAACACAAAGUAUACAUAAGGAACUAGAAAAGAAAAUUGCAGACUUCCAUUGUAAGGAAGACACUAUAUUGUAUCCCAGUUGUUUUGAUGCAAAUGGUGGCUUUUUUGAGUCAGUGCUUACACCAAAAGAUGCAGUUCUUUCUGAUGAACUGAACCAUGCUUCCAUCAUUGAUGGUAUACGUCUCUGCAAGGCACAGAAGUUCAGAUACAAACACAGAGAUAUGGCAGAUUUGGAAGAAAAUCUGAAGAAAGUCAGUGAUGCUAGACUGAAAGUGAUUGCCACUGAUGGUGUAUUUUCAAUGGAUGGCAAUGUUGCUCCUUUGCCAGAUAUAUGCAAACUGGCACAAAAGUAUGGGGCUCUCACAUUUGUGGAUGAGUGUCAUGCAACAGGAUUUUUUGGGAAAACAGGAAGGGGAACUGAGGAAUUCUACGGCAUGAUGGGAGCAAUAGACAUUAUCACAUCUACACUGGGAAAGGCAGUCGGUGGAGCUGCAGGAGGAUACACAACAGGUCCUAAGGAGUUGAUUGAUAUCCUAAGACAGCGUAGCCGGCCGUACCUUUUUUCCAACUCAAUGCCACCAGCUGUUGUUGGUGCUGCAGUUAAGGCACUGGAUUUGCUUAUCAAUGACAGCUCAUUCACUGAACGUAUUCAGAAGAAUACAGAGAGAUUCCGUUCUGCAAUGACUAAAGCAGGAUUCACAAUUGCUGGGGAGAAUCAUCCUAUCUGCCCUGUCAUGUUAGGUGAUGCUAAACUUGCAACUAUAUUUGCAGAACAAAUGUUGUGUAGAGGCAUUUAUGUGAUUGGCUUCAGUUAUCCUGUGGUGCCAAAAGACAAAGCUAGGAUUCGGGUGCAGAUAUCUGCAGCACAUACAAAAGAUGAAAUUGAUAAAGCUGUGAAUGCAUUUGUUGACAUUGGCAAGAAGCUGAAUGUGAUAAAAUAAAAUACUUCUCAUAACAUGAUAAAUAUUAAAUAUGUAUAACAGACUUGCCUCACUUAUAAAUUUGCAACACUUGUGAACAA